GUUCGAAGUCAGAAGCUCAAACAACAUCAGCGAUAAUGGCAAAAACCCGGACUGCAGUAACCGCAGCAUUCACAUCGGCAGUCGCACACGAUUCAACCGCACAGACAGCUUUCUUCCGCUAGAGACAUCAGACCGAACGACCAACGCACCAGCUCUGUCUGUCCAUAUUAUUAUGCAGUAUAUAAACAUGGCGAUUUAUCAACAUGCAUCAUCGCGAUAUGAUCAUCUGUAUAUAGAUGUCAAGUCGUAGUUGAUCUCUUCGAAAGGGAAAAAAGGGGAAAAGUCUUAUCGGGAUUUUAGGUUAUUAUACUAAGGCAUUAUACAAUAUAGCUUUUUAGUAUACAAUAUAGAUUAUCUGUAACGUUGUGCAUAAAAUAUCUAAAAUGCCAAGACCACAUGCCACUGAAGGAAACUGAUUGAACUAACCAAGAAUAAAGCGUCAGAAAAAUAUGGGAUACAAGAUCCCAGGGCCUGCCAUGGAUCGUGUUAGCCAACUUUGGCGGUUGAGGCGCCGGGCCCGACGAGGGGCCCUGUGCAUGGCACUGUUCUGUAUGACUAUGGCUCUCCUGUACACCUUUUGCGCUGAAAACAGCAUACCCGUCACAGAUGCCAUUUUCGGGGUGAAGGCGAGAACUCGAGCUCAGCCAAGAACGCACACAAUUGUUAAGGUAUUGCGGGGAACAGGAGGGUCGAAACCCAUGUAUACUGACCCUCAAAAGCUCCCAGGUGUUAUUCCUGGAGAUCCUCAAAAGCCUAUUCCCAUCCUGUCGUCUUCUAACUACUCAAUGGAGAGCGGUACUAAGGACCGCAACCUCAGGGGCAAACGAAGAGAGCGUGGGCUAUUUUACUGGCUUUUAUCACAACCACUGAGACGUGCUUUAGAGACUAUUUUUGGAGGCCGACGGAGAGGAGAUGCGGGUGCCGCAAAUGGGGAUGCUGUUGUUUUUGGGCCUAAUGGAGCACUCGGAGAGGUCUGGAAUGAAGAGAUGUCAAGUAGCAUGCUGGGAAAAAGGCUGAGGAAGGUGGUGCAGAACUAUCAGGCAAUGAAUAAAUAUGGAGUUCGUUACCCUGGACCUGAGAGUGCAGCACGUCGUUCUAAACUCAGUGGCCCUGAACUUCUUUGUCAAAUCAAGAAGAUGGUUCAGAUUGCAACUUUAACACCAGAUAUGGAGCCAUUUUCUGGGUUUCCUUGGGCCUCUCAGUUACCUCUGCGGCAAAUAACUGCUGAUAUCGGCCCAUUUAAGACCUGCGCAGUGGUAUCGUCUGCAGGUUCUCUCAAAAACUCUGGAUUAGGAAAGGAAAUAGAUGCACAUGAUGCAGUGAUACGGUUCAAUGCUGCACCAACAACAGGCUUUGAGAAAGAUGUGGGCUCUAAAACAACAGUGCGUCUGAUCAAUUCCCAGGUAAUGGCAUCUGAAGAUCACCAUUUCCUCUCCAGUUCUUUGUACAGUGCUGGGAUUUUAGUGAGCUGGGAUCCAGGCCCUUAUUCCUCUGAUCUACAGGAGUGGUUCAACAAGACAGAUUACCCUAUAUUUAAGCAGUAUCAGCGAUAUCGACGAUUACACCCUCAACAGCCAUUUUAUAUUCUGCACCCACGAAUGGAAUGGCAGCUGUGGCAGCGAAUACAAGACAAUAUGGUGGAGACGAUACAAAAAAACCCACCCUCAUCAGGCUUGUUGGGUAAAGUUUUAUUGAUGUAA